UUCUGAUGCUAUUUUCGCUAACAUCCUUGAAUGCAAACGUAACUCUUCCUUGCGGAUUGAAAUUGAUUUCUUAUGCAUUUGAAUUGAAUCUAAGGAGUCGGAGAAUUUCCGGGUCACCGUUGCAUGACGAAAGCUUUGGAGCUUUUCCACAACCGGAGGACCCGUUUGGGUCGGAGCAUACCCGUGAUUGAGUCCGAUCAAAUCUCUUCCCACGACAACCAUAUCAAUCGUCACCGCAAUCACCGCCGCCACAGCCAUAGCCAUAGCAGCAGUACUGAUCGCCGUGUUGACCGGAACGAUUUGAAUGGCUGUGAUAAUCCACGACGCUCUUUGAGCUCUAUCCACCGUUCCUCUUUUCCGGAGCGGGAGUCACUUUGGGUUGACCUGAGCAGUACCCCAUCAUCUUCCGGAAAUGUUAACAGCAUAGAAAAUGAGUUUAGUAUUCAAGAUAGAUUGAGAAUUACUGGGAAUGAAAGGCUUCCUAGUGCUGUACUACUUGCAAGGGAAAGGCUCCUUCAGAGGCUGAGAGGUGUAUCUCUAUCAGGAAACAGACAAAGUAACCGUGUUGCAGCAAGCUUCCAUAGAAGAGACUCGACAAUUGCAGAUGACUUUCAACUUACUGAUGCUAUUGACUGGGAAACCGAAAUUUCUAGGGAGUGGCAUGGAGCAGACAUGUUCUCUAACUCUCUUAGACCGGAUAAGAUCAGUAGACCUCCUGGGCUAACCAAAGAAGCACUGGAGUCUCUGCCCGUUAAAAUUUUCCGCAACUUGGAUUACACCAGCGAAGCAGUUCCCAGUAUAGUACGAGAGUGCAGCAUUUGUCUCGAGGCGUUUCUGGACGGAGACAAGCUAAUAUCUUUACCGUGUGGGCACAUGUUCCACAAAAGUUGCUUGGUUCCCUGGGUUCAAACUUGUGGGGACUGCCCAAACUGCCGAGCAGGUAUAUCAUCUCUGUCUACCUAAAACACCUGCCCAGUAAGUAGUGACAGACACUUUCUUCUCCACACGCUGUAUAGAAUGCAUUUUUGUCUUUAGGUCUUUGUUGCUUUCCUUGGUCCACACAUGUCUAGUGACCACUAAGUGCACACUAAUACAUUAGUACGAAGUAGGUCGUCCUCCACCUCCCAUCUGUAAACUAGUGUCAAUGCCAGACGAAAACCGGGAAGCAUCAGCCAACAGACAUAUGGCGUGAUGAGGGGCCCCGAGUGGUGCCAUUCCAAAACCACGCAAGCAAGCCACUUUGGAUUGUUACUGGAAUUUCAAUGAAAGUGGGGAGGCUGAUGCAAUGUUGAAAUGUAAUCAAAGUAUUGUCUAAAGGUCAACACUUUACCUACUAAACUUUUGGUGUCAGCCAAUUAUGUUGAGUAAGCUGUAACUUUCAGUUAGGUUUCUUGGUCUGCUGUAAUGUAUAACCUUCUUCAAAAGUCUAGAGAGAGUGGUUAGUUCUUUGUGUUUUUUAAUAAAUUUUUCUUCAAACA